AUGUUGGCUUCUCUUUCGGCUAAUUAUAUCAAACAAUAUGAUACAUGUCUGAAAAAAUGGUAUAAUUUUUGCAAGAAUAACAACAUUGACAUGUAUCAGACAUCAAUACCAAUUAUUAUUUAUUUCUUAACGAGUCUUUACCACUCUGGAGCCCAAUAUGGUACGCUAAAUACUUGUCGAUCUGCCCUUGCUCUGAUUAUAGGACGUCAAAUCAGCGAGGAUGACCGUAUAAAAAGAUUUUUUAAAGGUUUAUUUAGACUUUGCCCCCCGUUACCCAAAUAUGAUUCAACUUGGGACACCUCAAUAGUAAUUGAAACUCUUGCUAGUUGGGUGCCGAAUCAGAAUCUACCUUUAGAGAAGAUAUCAAAAAAGCUAGUUACGCUACUUGCACUAAUAACGGCGCACAGGGCCCAAACCCUAUCAAAAAUAAAUAUUCAAAAUAUAAGAAUUUCACUCAAUGAAAUUUCUAUUAAAGUCCCCGAUCUUAUAAAAACAUCUCGCAUUAAUUCUAAUCAGCCAACCCUUGUUCUUCCAUACUUUAGAGAAAGACCCGAAAUAUGUCCUGCUAAGUUGAUUUCCGAUUACUUAAAUGUUACAAAGUCUCCUACUACUAGGCACGCGAGCACCUCUCGAGCCCAUAAACUAGGUAUCAAUUUAGAUAUUAUAAGGAAAACUGCCGGAUGGACUGGUGCAUCCACAACUUUUGCGAAGUUCUAUAACAGGACAAUAUCAACUGAAACUGAUAGACAUAGUUUCGCUAAGAGUUUACUUAUUGCCACUUAA